CAAGGCAGAGGCAGGCGAGCCGAUGGCCUCCAUUCACGUCCGUGACCUCCAAGCCCAUGCCCGGGCCGGUGUCGACGCCUGGGGCCGAACAGGGAAAGAACAGCCGCUCCUCGUGUCGGCCAAUCUGUCCCUGGCCGACCGUUUCCACGCAGCGGCCUCUACCGACCGUGUCAGCGAUGAUACGGUCCACUAUGGUAUUCUUGCCAAGGGCAUCCUGGCCAGUCUCGGCAGCCUCGAGGCGCACAUGGGCACGUCUCAUGUCACUCUUCGUCAGGCUCUCGAGCACCUCAUUGGCGAUGUGACGUACCCGGCUUCUUCCUCCGCUCCAACAAGCGUGAGGCAAUGCAUCUUGGUCGACCCUAAGAAGUUGCGCUCCGCUAGUAUCACGCUCACCCUGCCCAAGGCAUCCCUCCUGGGGGAAGGCGUCAGUCUUUCCAAACACUUCUCUUUCCCACCAGACUCCCCUGCAUAUAGCUGGGGAAUUUGCUUGAGUCUUCACAGGCUUCGUGUACCCACGCUCAUCGGGGUGAACGACAAUGAGAGGGAAAGGAAACAAGUCGUCAUCGCGGACAUCGACGUCGACAUGUUUGACAAUGAUGGGGACAUGUACACGAGUCUGGAGGCUACAGUGAUCAAGGUAACUAUCAACUUCGUCGCUUUCAACCCCCCCCCUCCUUCCCCCCCGGAGUGAUUCCUUUAACCAGCACGACGCAACCCCAGCUAAUGAGGUGACUCGUUCCACCGUCCGUCCGUUUUUCAGACUAUGGAGGCGUCUUCCUUCGAGACACUCGAGGCACUUGCCAUUGCCAUUGCCGCCGACCUUGCAACUCAACUGAGGAGCGAGCCAUGUGUCCCAAGAUGUUGGCAUCU